UGUUAAAAUUUGAAUCAAGAAUGUUGGAGGGAACGAAGGACAGGAUUGAACGAAUUCGUUUUCUGCGGCGCAUCGAUGCGAAUGAAGCCUUUCGUCAAGACUUACAUGCGGCCAACGCCAGAUUACUCAAACAGAAUCUUUCAAUGAGUGAAAAGAUUAUCAAGCUUCAAGAACAAAUUCAGGCUACUCAGAAAAAGACUGAAGAUCAGAAUACUCGCUACUACUAUAUGAAAAAGCGGUUACAACACGAGGAGAGGGAAAAGCUUGCAUUCGUACGUAAAAAUGUCGAGCUAAAAGAUACCAUCAAAGAUUUUCAACAUCAGCUUCAAGAAGAGUUGAUAAAGAAUGCCAAGCUAGAUGCACGAGUGAAUCAGGCUCUAGAAUUGCUGGAAAAAGAUAGGCAGAGCAGUCUUCGAAAAAGCUUGAGAAGUAUACGUCAGUGGUUACGUGGAAUUCUGCAUUGCUGAUUAAAAUGUUGCAAUAAAGUACUAUAUAUCUCAUUUGA